CCGAAUUUAUUGUAUUUCAGAAAGAAUGGCAGGUUCCACGGAAGAAGAAAAAUUGUCCAUCAAAGAAGAAAUCGGUCCUAAAGUUAAUAUAUGUUCAGUAUAUAUACAAGAAGAUAACUUGAAGGCAGAAAUUACGGAAUUCCAAGGUGAAUUCAUUGAUAACGAAGAUGACCCUCUUUACCCUGAACCAAAGAGACUGAAGAGUAGUAAACAUGAACAAGUCAAAUUCCCCUGUGAUAAAUGUGAUUAUGUGGCUACACAUGCUGGAAACCUCAAAGCUCACAUUGAGAGUAAACAUCAUGGAGUGAGAUAUCCUUGUACACAAUGUAAAUACACUGCUACUACAGCAAGUAAUUUGGGGAGACACGUUAAAAGUAUGCACGAAGGAGUGAGAUACCCAUGUAAGCAAUGUGAAUAUGCUGCAACAACAUCAGCUCAUCUAAAGAAUCAUGUUGAGAACAAACAUGAAGGUGUCAGAUAUCAUUGCGAUCAAUGCGAAUAUGUAACAACUUACAAAAAUUGCCUGCACGCGCACAUUAAGAAAAAGCAUAGAAAUAAAGUGGUUUGUUAUCCCUGUAAUCAGUGUGAAUAUGUUGGAACUGAAAAAGAGAAAAUGGCAAAUCCUUUUCCCGAAGUUACGGAACCAAAUUGCCGACUUCCGUCACCUACUGUGGAAGAAGAAAAAGUAACUAUAAAGGAGGAGAUCCCUGCGGAGGAGGAAACAUGUUCAGUAUAUAUACAGGAAGACGAUGUAAAGACAGAAAUUAAAGAGUUCCAAGUGAAGAAAGACGAAGAAAGUUCUUUUUACUCUGAACCAAAGAGACAAAAGAGUAAACCUGAAGGAUUAAUAUACCCAUGUGUUGAAUGUGAUUAUGUGGCAAACCAAUCUGGAAAUCUUAAAACACAUAUUGAAAAUAAGCAUAUAGGGGUCAGAUAUCCCUGUACAUUAUGUACGUAUGCUGCCACUCAAGCUGGUGAUCUGAAGAAGCAUAUUGAAAGUAAGCAUGAAGGAAAGAGAUAUCCCUGUUCAAACUGUGAGUUUUCUGCUACUUCUGCUAGUAAUCUGAGAAAACAUGUUGAAAACAAGCACGAAGGCGUAAGAUAUCCCUGUAAAUCUUGUGGAUACGCUGCCACACAAGCAGGUGACUUGAGAAAGCAUAUCUUAAAUAAGCACGAAGGGGUAAGAUAUCCUUGUGACCGUUGUGAAUAUGCUGCUACUGAACCAAGUACUUUAAAACGACAUAUAAGAAGUAGACAUGAAGGAUUGAAAUAUCUUUGUGAAAAUUGUGAUUAUGCUACAACUUCUACGUGUAAUCUGAAAGCUCAUAUAAAAAGUAAACAUGAAGGGGUCAGAUAUUCUUGUGAACAGUGUGAAUAUACCGCAACUACGACGUGUAAUCUGAAUAAGCAUAUAAAGAGUAAACACGAAGGGAUUAGAUUUUCCUGUGAAUCCUGUAAAUAUACAGCCACUACACAAAGCAAUCUGAAGAGACAUGUUAGCAGUAAACAUAAUGCAGUUAAAUAUUUCUGCGAUCAAUGUAUGUUUGCCGCUGCUACUGUAAAUGGUUUAGAAAGUCACCGAAAAAAGAGACACGAUAAUGAUAUGAUUCCACACUAAAGUUAAUGUGCGGCAUUUCUUAAAAUUUGUGACAACUUUCUCAAUUUUAAUUCUGCAAAAGUUUGAAAUUUUAAAUCGAGAAAACUAAAAUAUCCUCAUUUUUAUGCUACUAGUUUAAGUGUCAGUGGAAUUUUGAAACACUUGAAUUUUUUGAUUUACUUAUGCUGGGGUAACAGACAAAAUUCAAGUCUUGUAAGGGUUCUACUACUAAAGAGUUUCCUUAAUAAAAUUUCAGCCAAUUUG